CGUCCCGGGGGGCGUUCCCCGCGCGCCGCAGGUGGUGGUGGAUGGGCGAGGACCCCGGAGGAGCCGGAGGCCUCAGCCACGCCGCCGGAUGCUGGUGCUGCCGAGCCCCUGCCCGCAGCGCCCGGCGCGUGCCCGCGCGCAGGCCAUGGAGGCCCCGGAGCCGGGCCCCUCGUCGUCCGCGGGACCCCCGCAGGCCUCGCCCCCCGCGCGGCUCAGCCCCUACCUGCUCAUCGACACGCAGGGCGUGCCCUACACGGUGCUGGUGGACGAGGCGGCGCCGGGGCCGCCGCGCGCGGACGGGGGCGCGGCGCAGAAGAAGUGCUACAGCUGCCCCGUGUGCUCGCGCGUGUUCGAGUACAUGUCCUACCUGCAGCGCCACAGCAUCACGCACUCGGAGCUGAAGCCGUUCGAGUGCGACACGUGCGGGAAGGCGUUCAAGCGGGCCAGCCACCUGGCGCGCCACCACGCCGUGCACCGCGCCGGCGGGGGCCGGCCGCACGGCUGCCCGCUCUGCCCACGCCGCUUCCGGGACGCGGGCGAGCUGGCGCAGCACAGCCGCGUGCACUCGGGCGAGCGCCCCUUCCAGUGCCCGCACUGCCCACGCCGCUUCAUGGAGCAGAACACGCUGCAGAAGCACGCGCGGUGGAAACACCCGUGAGCGGCCCUGCGCCGGCCCGCACCCCCUCCGCAGGCAGGGCCUGGGGAGGAGCGCGCGGAGGGGGAGACCCCGCGCCCCGCCCAGCCCUGGCCGUGCGCCGUGGGCCCCGGGCGCGGCCUGCGCGGACUCCGUGGCCUCUGGGAGGCAGCCGGGGCCCACAGCUGCGUCCCGCCGCCUACCCGAGACUGGACGGGCGGACGGCAUCCGGUGUGUUUUGGGGUCCCCGAGGUGCGGUGCACCGUGACAGACACACCGCUGCAAGCAUUGACUCGCGAGUGCGUGGGACGCCGCGCUUCUGUGCCAUUAGCGCCCUCCGGCCUGCGCGGGUGGACGGGCUCCCCUCCGAGACUUAACCACGCAGGCACGCCUGCGCUGCAGAGAGAGACCCACGUAGGGCGCAUGGGACCCCUUACCGCAGCUUUCCCGGGGGCGCAGGCGCGGCCGGCCGGGCCUCGGGGUUAAUAAACGCCUGCC